AUGGCCGAGAACGAGAACGGGAAACAAGAGGAGGCGGAUAAGGAGACGCCACACACACGUGCCAGCGCUGCGCAUGCGUACCUGUACACGCGAGGCGACCCGGGCGAGCAGAGGGACGUGAGACGUCGUAGCAGUGCAGCAGCCGGCAAGCAGCGUGUUAAAGGCAUGCUGACCUUCAUGCCUCGCGCAUCGUUCGAGAAUUCCCAGCGAUAA